AUGUCAGCCUCCCAACUCCUCCGUCGAGCCACAACGCGACCACAGCCACGCCUCUUCCGCCCGGGCCCCUUCAGACGCAGAUACACCACUCCGCCGCCAGAACCCACCAAACCCCCAUCGGAAGCAACUCCGCCGUCCGCCAUCCGCCGAUUCGUCGCCCGCCUGCCUCGCCCGCUCCGACCGUACGUCGUCCGCCUCGAGUCGGCACCACUGUCCCACGCCGCCGCCUUCCUGAUCCUGCACGAGCUGACCGCCAUCGUGCCCUUGCUCGCCCUGUUCGCCCUCUUCCACUACACCGACCUGCACGUCGCCCCCGUGGCAUGGGUCGCGGAGCGGUACGGGCCGUACGUGGAGGAGGGUCUGGCCAAGUUCGAGCGUUACUUUCGCCGCAAGGGCUGGUUCGGACUGGACAAGGCUGCCGCCGGGGAUGGCGAGCAGGACUCGACCACCGACGCGCUCACCAAGGUCCAGGCCGCGCAGGGCCCCUACCGCGUCGUGGUGGAGGUUGCCCUCGCCUAUGCUAUCACCAAAGCCAUGUUGCCUUUGAGGAUAGCGGGCAGCUUGUGGGCCACCCCGUGGUUUGCCGGGGUUAUUGUGCGGGCCAAGUCCUUGUUUCGGAAGAGAUAG